UCGAUCUUACAUUUAUAUAUUUGUUAGGUAAUUUAUGGACACACAUCAUUUAAUUAACAUUAUUACUAUUUUCAAAGUGUUAGUAAAAACAGUGUAUUAAAAACUCGUAGGGAUGAGCUGUGCAAAAGACAUCGUCUCUCUCUCUCACUUAUACUUCAUUUCCCUCUUCACUAUCUCUUCUUCUUCACUGCAAACUUUCUCCACAAAUGUCAUGAAGCAAUGAAGACGAAGAUGAUGAUGAAGACGACCAUGUCUCAGAUCUAUGUUCUUCUUUUCACCUUCUUCUUCUUCUCGACGAGCCUCUCUCACUCUCUUCCACUCACUUUCAAUGGCAAUCUCUCCGACAACGAAGUCCGGCUAAUCACAAAACGUCAGCUUCUCUACUACCGCGACGAUUUCGGCGACCGCGGCGAGAAUGUCGUCGUCGAUCCGACUCUUGUCUUCGAGAAUCCACGGCUCCGUAACGCAUACGUAGCUCUCCAAGCUUGGAAACAAGCUAUUCUCUCUGAUCCCAACAACUUCACCACCAACUGGAUCGGCUCUAACGUUUGCAGUUACACCGGAGUCUUCUGCGCUCCGGCUUUGGAUAACCGCCGGAUCCGUACCGUCGCCGGGAUAGAUCUCAACCACGUUGACAUUGCUGGCUACUUGCCUCAAGAACUCGGUUUGUUAACGGAUCUCGCUUUGUUUCAUGUUAAUUCAAACCGGUUUUGUGGAACCGUACCGCAUCGGUUUAAUCGGCUUAAGCUUUUGUUCGAGCUUGAUCUUAGUAACAACCGGUUCGCCGGUAUAUUCCCUGCCGUUGUUCUCCAGUUACCGUCGUUGAAGUUUCUGGAUCUGAGGUUCAACGAGUUCGAAGGACCUGUGCCGAAAGAGCUCUUCAGCAAAGAUCUAGAUGCGAUUUUUAUUAACCAUAACCGGUUCCGGUUCGAGUUACCGGAUAAUUUGGGAGAUUCUCCGGUUUCAGUCAUCGUCGUGGCGAAUAAUCACUUCCACGGUUGUAUCCCGACGAGUUUGGGUGAUAUGAGGAACCUUGAAGAGAUCAUCUUCAUGAACAAUGGGUUUAACUCUUGUUUGCCGUCUCAGAUCGGGCGGUUGAAAAAUGUAACGGUAUUUGAUUUCAGUUUUAACGAACUUGUUGGGCCGUUACCGGCGAGUGUUGGCGGGAUGGUUUCGUUGGAGCAGCUGAAUGUGGCGCAUAAUAGAUUCUCCGGUAAGAUUCCGGCGAGUAUUUGUCAGUUGCCGAGGCUGGAGAACUUUACUUUCAGUUAUAAUUUCUUCACUGGAGAACUGCCGGUGUGUCUGGGGUUGCCUGGGUUUGAUGAUCGGCGUAAUUGUUUGCCGGCGAGACCUGCGCAGAGAUCUCCGGGACAAUGUGCGGCUUUCUCUUCUCUUCCCCCAGUUGAUUGUGGAUCGUUUGGGUGUGGUCGUUCUUCUCGGCCUCCGGUUGUUGUCCCGUCACCGCCGACAACAUCUUCACCUGGUUCGCCUCCGUCAACUCCUGGUUCACCACCGUCAUCACCUGGUUCCCCUCCGUCAGCUCCUGGUUCUCCUCCGUCAACACCUGGUUCCCCACCGUCAGCUCCUGGUUCACCUCCGUCAACGCCUGGUUCACCGCCGUCGACGCCUGGUUCCCCUCCGUCAGCUCCUGGUUCACCUCCGUCGACGCCUGGUUCACCGCCGUCAACACCUGGUUCGCCUCCGUCAACUCCUGGAACUCCGCCGUCAACUCCUGGUUCCCCUCCGUCACCGUCUAUUUCUCCGAGUCCUCCAUCGCCAUCUAGUCCACCAACUCCGGUAUCACCUGGGCAACAUUCACCACCAUUUUUCCCAAGUCCACCAUACACAGGCCCGUCUCCGCCGUCAACUCCAGGACAUCCUUCACCGCCUAUGAUUCCUAGUCCUCCCAGCAUUGUACCGUACCCGCCGUCAACUCCACCCUCAACACCUUCCCCUCUGCCUCCGUCUUACUCUCAUACGCCGCCACCUCCACCGUCAACAGGAUACUCUCCUCCAUCACCACCGCUACUACCUCCGCCAACAUAUGCUCCGUUCCCAUCACCCCCACCUCCUCCGCCGCCAACAUACAAUCCACCGCAGCCAACUCCAUCACAACCACCGCAAGCUCCAGUUUACUACAUUCCCCCUCCUCCACCUCCCCCUCACUCACAGUUGUCACCACCAUCACCAACCCCCUACUACUACAGCUCACCACCACUGCCGCCUCAUUACUCAUUACCGCCACCACCCCAUUCACCAGCACCAUGCAUAGAAUACACACCACCUCCACCUCCAGCCGCCCAUUACAAGCCUCCGCCGCCACCACCGGAGCACUACAGUCCUCCACCGUCACCACCGGUUUACUACUACAACUCACCGCCACCACCACCAACAGUACACUACAGUCCCCCACCUCCACCACCACCAACAGUACACUACAGUCCCCCACCUCCACCGGUAAUUCAUCACAGCCCACCACCGCCGUCUCCAGCAUACGAGGGACCACUGCCGCCGAUUCCCGGAAUAUCAUACGCUUCACCACCACCGCCUCCCUUCUACUGAUUCUUUUUUUUUUUUUUUAUCAGAAUUUUCUCAAAAACGGGUCCUACCACUUAUGCUAAAACCCGAAGCCGAAAACGAUGUCGUCUCAGAUUGAUGGAAACAUCAGACACACGCCGUCGUUUUACCCAUUUCUUGCCGAGAGAGAGAGGGGUACGUACGUACGCGUGGUUGGUUGGAUAUUCUCCGAAAGAUUUAUUUUGAGGGUGUGAAAAAAAUUUUAAAAAGAGGAAAAUUAGGGUUUGCAGGUAAAAAAAGUUGUAUGUAACUAGAGGGAAAAUUAUACUAAGAUAUAUGGAGCAACCUCAUCUUUAUGCUCCUUAUUACUCGUCUAUUUAACUAAUAUAAUAAAUAUCAUUUUUGCUCAAUA